AUGUCGAAGCCAAACCCUAAUCCCCUGUUGAUCCCUCCAUCCCAAUCCCGCUCCAAGCUCCCAGAUUUCAAACAAACGGUGAAGCUCAAAUACGUCAAACUAGGUUACCAUCACCUAAUCACCCAUGGGAUGUACCUCUUUUUAUCCCCACUAGCCCUUCUAAUCUUUGCCCAGCUAUCCACAUUCUCAGCUCAAGAUCUCCAUGACCUCUGGAAUCACCAUCUCCAAUCCAACCUAAUUUCAGUAAUUCUGUGCACAACCCUGAUAGUCUUCUUUCUUACCCUCUACUUCCUAACUCGCCCUCGUGCAAUUUACCUCGUGGACUUCUCCUGUUACAAGCCUGACGACGCCAGGAAAUGCACCAGACAGAUUUUCAUGGACAGAUCGGGCUUAACAGGCACUUUCACCGAGCAAAGCCUCGAUUUCCAGCGCAAGAUCCUCGAAAGGUCCGGUCUUGGCGAGUCAACUUACCUCCCACCAGCUGUUCUCAAUGUCCCUCCUAAUCCUUGUAUGGCCGAGGCUAGGAAGGAAGCGGAAGCUGUGAUGUUCGGUGCAAUCGAUGACUUGUUCGCCAAGACUAAGGUGAAGCCUAAGGAUGUUGGCAUCUUGAUAGUGAAUUGCAGCUUGUUUAACCCUACACCAUCAUUGUCUGCCAUGGUGAUUAAUCACUACAAGCUUCGUGGCAAUGUGAGAAGUUACAAUCUUGGUGGGAUGGGGUGUAGUGCUGGCUUGAUAUCGAUUGAUCUAGCUAAGGACCUGCUUCAGGUGCAUCCGAAUUCGUAUGCUUUGGUGAUUAGUAUGGAGAACAUUACAUUGAAUUGGUAUUUUGGGAAUGAUAAGUCGAUGCUUCUGUCGAAUUGCUUGUUUCGGAUGGGAGGUGCUGCAAUUCUGCUGUCGAAUAAGAGGUCGGAGAGGUGGCGUGCCAAGUAUCGUUUGGUUCAUACUGUGAGGACCAACAAGGGCUCGGAUGACAAGUGCUUCUCUUGUGUUACUCAAAGGGAAGAUUCGGAAGGAAAAAUCGGGGUUUCGUUGUCGAAGGAGUUGAUGGGAGUUGCAGGGGAUGCAUUGAAGACCAACAUCACUACUUUAGGCCCGCUCGUGCUGCCAAUGUCUGAGCAACUGCUCUUCUUUGCCACAUUGGUGGCAAAGAAGCUGCUUAAGGUCAAGGUGAAGCCUUACAUACCGGAUUUCAAGCUGGCGUUCGAGCAUUUCUGCAUUCAUGCAGGUGGGAGAGCAGUGUUGGAUGAGCUAGAGAAGAACUUGAACCUCUCGGAUUGGCAUAUGGAGCCGUCGAGGAUGACUCUAUACCGGUUUGGAAACACGUCGAGCAGUUCGCUGUGGUAUGAGUUGGCUUAUACUGAAGGGAAAGGGAGAGUGAAGAGAGGAGAUAGGAUGUGGCAAAUUGCUUUCGGGUCUGGGUUCAAGUGUAAUAGCGCGGUGUGGAAGGCUCUGCGCUCGAUAAACCCGACAAAGGAGAAGAAUCCGUGGAUGGAUGAGAUCGAUCAGUUCCCGGUCGAUGUACCCAAAGUUGCGACACUCAACUGA